AAUGUUAUUAAUCACCGCCUAAUAAUAAAUCGAUUUGAAAGAGCUAGACAAUAUCUUCAAAUUGUUGUCGAUAGUCAAAGUCUGUAGAUGGUGAACGUUCCACGCGAUAUCUAGGCAUGGGUCUCCCUAAAACAAAGCAUUUCACUCGAGGGUGUAGCCCUACGUCGAUCAUCACAACGAGAGCGAGGUAAUGAUCCAUGUUCCAUGUGCGUUCUCCCAACGCCGAGAAAGCCUCCCAUGAAGUUUGGGCCCAGACAGUCAAGAAACAGAGAAGACCAAGACAGACAGAGUCAACUUUGGAAAUGGAGCAGGACCAAUGCAAGAUGGAUCACGAGCCAGACAGGCCCACAUGGACUAAACAAAUCGAGUUCACUCUGGCUGGGAUUGGCUGUGCUGUGGGGCUGGGCAAUGUGUGGCGGUUCCCAUAUCUGUGUUACAGAAGUGGAGGAGGUGCAUUUUUGAUUCCCUACCUGCUGAUGCUACUGGUUCUUGGGAUUCCUCUGCUCUACAUGGAGCUGAUUCUGGGCCAGUACACAAGGAGAGGACCAGUUCAUGCUCUGGCUAAAGCCUGCCCGUUGCUCAAAGGAGUGGGCUUGGCAACAGUGGCUAUCUCAUUCAUCAUGUGUACAUACUACAAUGUCAUCAUCACCUGGGGCCUGUACUACCUCUUCAGCUCCUUCCAGAGCCCGCUACCUUGGCAGAGUUGCAACAACACAUGGAACAAGCCCAACUGCACUGACCGCGUCAUUACCAACAGUAGCGUACACUCCUCCACUGCCAGCCAGCAGUUCUUCAGUUAUAAAAUGUUGGAGCAAACCGGAGGGGUCGAGCAGGGUGGGUUGAUGCGAUGGGAACUUUUUCUUCUGCUCAUCUUGGCGUGGAUCCUCAUCUAUUUCUGCAUCUUCAAGGGGGUCAAGUCUACAGGCAAGGUGGUAUACUUCACAGCUCUCUUCCCAUAUGUCAUACUGUUAGCUCUGCUGAUAAACAACGCCCAGCUGCCAGGUGCUUUGGAAGGCAUCCUAUUUUUUAUCGUGCCAAAAUGGGGAAAACUCCUGGAGGUUGAGGUGUGGGUCAAUGCAGCAGCUCAGAUCUUCAACUCCAUUGGGAUAGGCUUCGGCUCCCUCAUGGCCAUGUCCAGCUAUAACAACUUCAACAACAACAUUUUAAAAGACACACUGGCUAUCUCCAUCACCAACUCCCUGACGAGUAUUCUUGCAGGCUUUGUCAUCUUCUCUGCCUUCGGCUACAUGUCACAUCUUCAGAAUGUACCUAUUAGUGAGCUGGCUGUUGAUGGUCCAGGUCUGGUUUUUGUGGUUUACCCACAAGCCUUUGCAACAAUGCCAGUGGCUCCACUGUGGGCAGUUCUUUUCUUCAUCAUGCUUUUGUGCCUUGGGCUGGACAGCCAGUUUGCCAUGGUGGAGGUAAUGGUGACCAGCCUGAUGGAUGCGUUUGGAGGGCGCUUGCUAAAGGUCCUUAGAAAGAAGGAGCUGCUGGUUCUGGUAGUCUGCAGCACAGCCUUUCUGAUGGGGAUACCCCAUGUCAUGCAGGUGGGGAUCUACGUUUUCCAGCUGAUGGACCAUUACACUGCUAUAGUGUCCAUCAUGUUUCUGGCCUUCUUUGAGGUGCUUGCCAUCUGUGGACUUUAUGGUGUGAGGCGGCUUUCGGCAAACGUAAAAGAGAUGGGAGGGAAUAGGCCUAACAUCUUCUUUACAGUGUGCUGGAUGUUUGUGUCUCCUCUUCUGAUCACUGUGAUUCUGGUGUUCACAAUCAUCCAGUUUAAACCAGCUCGCUAUGAAGAGUAUGUCUAUCCCCCAUGGGCUCAGGGGGUUGGCUGGGUCAUCGCCAUGGCGUCCAUAAUCUGGAUCCCUCUUGGAGCUCUUCACACACUGUGGGUUCUGCCUGGCUCAUUCACAGAGAGAUUAGUACUGUCAAUCACCCCCUAUUCACUGGACAAGGAGAAGCCAAAGGUACCAUACUACCUGGAGAGGAGAGAAGAGACAUUCUCAAACAUAUCAAUCAGCUCCUACGAAACUCCACCAGAUAAGACUAACUUUCAAACAAACCUCUGAUAUUGAUUGGAAAGACUGGUGAGGGUGCACUAAAUACAGUUGCUCUCAAACACAUUCACCCCCUUAGACAUUUCCACAUUUUAUUGUGUUACAACAUGAAAUCUAAAUGGAUUAAAAA